CGCGCGCUCUCGCGAGGUUUCCCCCGCCCCCUCCCGUCCACGUCAGAGCGAGCCGGGCUGAGCGGCCAACAUGGCGGAGCGCAGGCGACACAAGAAGCGGAUCCAGGAAGUUGGUGAACCAUCUAAAGAAGAGAAAGCUGUAGCCAAGUAUCUUCGAUUCAACUGUCCAACAAAGUCCACCAAUAUGAUGGGUCACCGGGUUGAUUAUUUUAUUGCUUCAAAAGCAGUGGAUUGCCUUUUGGAUUCAAAGUGGGCAAAAGCCAAGAAAGGCGAGGAAGCUUUGUUUACAACAAGGGAGUCUGUGGUCGACUACUGCAACAGGCUAUUAAAGAAACAGUUUUUUCACCGGGCGCUGAAAGUAAUGAAACUGAAGUAUGACAAAGACAUAAAAAAAGAAAAGGAAAAAGGAAAAACUGAAAGUGGUAAAGAAGAAGAUAAAAAGAACAAGAAAGAGAACCUAAAGGAUGAGAAGACAAAAAAAGAAAAAGAGAAAAAAAAAGAUGGUGAAAAGGAAGACUCCAAAAAGGAAGAAACUCCAGGAACUCCCAAAAAGAAAGAAACUAAGAAAAAAUUCAAACUUGAACCACAUGAUGAUCAAGUUUUUCUGGAUGGAAAUGAGGUGUUUGUGUGGAUCUAUGACCCAGUUCACUUUAAAACAUUUGUCAUGGGAUUAAUUCUUGUAAUCGCAGUCAUCGCAGCCACCCUCUUCCCCCUUUGGCCUGCAGAGAUGAGAGUCGGUGUUUAUUACCUCAGUGUAGGUGCGGGCUGUUUUGUAGCCAGCAUUCUUCUCCUUGCUAUUGCUCGUUGCAUCCUGUUCCUCAUCAUUUGGCUCAUAACUGGAGGACGGCACCACUUCUGGUUCUUGCCGAACCUGACUGCUGAUGUGGGCUUCAUUGACUCCUUCAGGCCUCUGUACACACACGAGUAUAAAGGACCAAAAGCAGACUUAAAGAAAGAUGAGAAAUCCGAAGCCAAAAAGCAGAAGUCUGACAGUGAGGAGAAGUCAGACAGUGAGAAGAAGGAAGAGGAGGAGGGCAAAGUCGGAGCAGGGAAUCACGGAACAGAAGGCUCGGGUGGAGAACGGCAUUCCGACACCGACAGUGACCGGAGGGAAGAUGACCGGUCCCAGCACAGUAGUGGGAAUGGGAAUGAUUUUGAAAUGAUCACAAAAGAGGAACUGGAACAGCAGACAGAUGGGGAUUGUGAAGAGGAAGAAGAAGACAAUGACGGAGAAGCAAUUAAAUCUCCACAUGAAAAGUUAUAAUCUGAUUCAUUUUGGGACUGAAUAAGUGCAAGAGGUUGGAUUUUCUAUGUUGGCUGGUUAUCAUAAUUACCUGACAUUUGUAGCAUUCUUUAAAUUCAUUUACUGAAAUAGAUUUGACAGCCAAGCAGAUACAUUGAAUUUUCCAUUUCAUAGAAUACUACCAUUGGUACAGUUCAAAGCCAUUUAUAAGUUUUACCCAUUUGAUGAUUUUGCAGUAAGUAGGUUUUAUUCAUUUUGAUAGUUAUCAAAGGUGCACUUUCCAUAGUGACAUUUAGAUUAAUGGCAUUUUGGAACAGUUUGUACGGUUAGAAGAAACAAAAGGGAUUAAAAAGAAAACCCAGCAUUUUAGACUAUGCAUAGUUAGAUAACCAUUUCACAGUUUCUUUAAGAUGAAAUGCUUAAACUUACUGUUUUGGAUAGUAAAGCUUUUCUUGAUUAUAACAUUAUACCAAGAAAUUUCUAAGAUUCUGAGUUAGCCGGGUUCAGAAGCAUUUUAUGGAAAUAAGCCAACUAGAAAUAAUGCAGUAGCACUUUUAGUUUAGCUACAAAUUUUUCUUUUCCAACUAGGAAAUCCAGACUGAUUUGUACAUCUAAUUCAGAGCAGAUGGUCAUCCCCAGCAGGAAGGCAGUAGCACUGGCUGGAAGGCGAUGACUUCUUCCUUCUUCCCUAUUCCUUGUCGUAAAGUAAAAAUGUAUUCUGUACAUAAUUUACAAAUAAACAUUUUAUUUUAAUUGUUACUUAUUAUUUAGACAUUUUCUCAACAUUUAAAUUUGUAAAAUUAAGUCCUGUAAGGGUAUGUUUUUAGAGAAACGGAAGUUACAAUAACCCACAGAACGUCUGUGAUCUUUCUACAGCAGCUUCAGUUUUGUGCCAACAUUCCAUGUAUUUGAGUGAGUUGAAAUGGUCCUUCUUAAGAGCAGACUUAAAGUAGCUGUUUGUAUGCCUUAAUGUUCAUCUUGAUUUAUCUUAAAUCUCUACAUUCAGAAAUGGGUAUUGUUUUAUCAGACCAGAAAGCACUGCUAUGAAAGAUAAUUUACUGUUCUAAAAUAUAAAUUUAAAAUAAAGAACAUAAAAAUAAGAA